CAAAAUAAUAACCAUAUUCAAGUAAAAGAUUCUCUAGACAUUAAAGAGCCACAAACUCAAAUACUCCCCUGCAACCCGAGAUCCGGAUCCUUAACCGGGCGCUCCACACUUGAUAGAACUACCUUACAGUACCCUUUUUUUUGACGGUUCACCAGGGGAAAGAUCGAGUAUCACAAUUGAAUGAUUUCUUGGCUUUUGGCCCUUUUUUACGGUCAGGAAGGUGCGGGAUAGCUUGGUUCCUUCUUUUCCGUGUUACGGUGAAUGUCAGGUGUUUUGUUUUGCUCUUCUUGGCUCUAUCUCGCUACUUCUCUCGUAAAAUAGUGUCGCCUUGCGUUGCCACUUGUUCCAUCAACAACCAACAUUGUUAGUGUUAACACGGACGGACUGUCCCCUCCCGUCCCCACGAUUUGUCUGUCGAUCGCAUCAUCAAUCUACCAUUCAAUUCAUAUCGACAUUUAUAACCACUACCUCUCAACUUACAGAGAACACCCUCGCGACCGUUGCAAUAGCUUCAACCUGAUCGAGAGACGCGCGCGCAUUAUUCCCAUCAUAUCCAUUACCGACUUGGCCCCACGAAUCAUGCAAUAGGACCCCCGAUCCGACCCCUUAGAAGAUGCGAAAAGUUCGGCCUGCCAUUAAACUCCCGAAUGCCCGUUUCGAACGCCGUUAUCUGGACGUUCAUACUUGAAGUGGCCUGAAUAUUCUACUUGGAUACAUUCAGAGCGAUUCUUAUCAGCCUGUUGACCUCUCAUAAUUAAAACAUCAUGACUCGAAGAAUUGCUGUUGACUAACCAUAUUCCAUCACUAGGUUCGAACAGCUGCUCAGCUCGCUGGCGCUGCCAUUUUCACCUUUCUAGUUAUCGCCUUCCUCGACCGCAAUUAUCGUGUCCUCCCCAAUUCGAUCCAUAGUUAUAUGCCCUCCCACCACCCCGGACUGGUCGUCACCGAUGUCACAAUAGUCACUUGCUCGAGCGUUAACCCCUUCUCCUCAUGCGACCUCGGCAAAGAAUGGCACCGAAUCGAUAAGGAGCUGUAUCUCGGCAAGACAUGGACUACGAGCGCAUACAUGUACAUCAUGCGAAAGCAUGAGGGGGAUCUUACUGCGGACGAUCGUGUUGUUGUGGAUGUUGCGGUCGGCAGGCUCCAACCUCAACCCAAGGGAGAAACGGACGACUCAUGGGAAUCUCGUCCAUCGGGUAUCUGGAUCAAGCGCUCAGCUAAGAAGAAAGCCAGCGAUUCAAAGCAGGCGGUGACGGAUCUCGAUGUUCUUUUCGGAGAUGAUGCUGUUGAAGCAAGAGACGGAUAUGCUGUGACGGGAACACCUUUGCUCCUCAACACGGGUGGUAGCCUUCUCUCUGUCCAGCUAAGCGUGCGCCGAGGUCCUCCACGAGAGGUCAAGAAGCCAACGCCCAGGAUCCGCAAUGAUGGUCGAUACAAGAUUAUGCAGAUCGGUGAUCUGCAUCUCAGUACAGGAGUUGGUGUUUGUCGCGAGGCAGUUCCCGAUUCUUACAACGGCGGUAAAUGCGAGGCCGAUCCUAGGACACUGGAGUUUGUUAGCCGAGUCCUUGACGACGAGAAGCCCGAUCUGGUAGUCUUGAGUGGCGACCAAGUCAACGGUGACACAGCACCAGAUGCACCCACUGCCAUGUUCAAGAUCAUCUCGCUCCUGAUAGAGCGAAAGAUCCCUUAUGCUGCCAUUUUCGGUAACCACGACGACGAACAAACCAUGUCUCGUGAGGCUCAGAUGGCCAUUAUGGAGACUCUUCCUUAUUCUCUUUCCAUUGCUGGGCCAGCUGAUAUCGAGGGUGUUGGGAAUUACUAUAUCGAAGUCCUGGCCCGUGGAAAGACGGAUCAUUCUGCUCUGACCAUCUAUCUUCUCGAUACGCACGCCUACACGCCCGAUGAGCGCAACUUUCCUGGUUACGACUGGGUUAAACCUAACCAAAUAGAAUGGUUCAAGAAGACUGCUGCUGGUCUCAAGAAGAAUCACAACGAGUACACUGGCCGGCAUAUGGACAUCGCUUUCAUUCAUAUUCCCUUGACAGAGUAUGCUAACCCGGAACUACCCCGUGUCGGUGACUGGAAAGAAGGAGUAACUGCCCCAAUAUAUAACUCUGGUUUCCGUGAUGCCCUUGUAGAGCAGGGUGUCCUUAUGGUCAGCGCAGGACAUGAUCACUGCAAUGACUACUGUUCCCUAUCUUUGAUGGGUGAAGGCGAGACCAAGGUCCCAGCCAUGUGGAUGUGCUACGCUGGUGGCUCUGGCUUCGGCGGUUACGCCGGCUACGGUGGUUACCAUCGCCGAGUACGCUUGUUUGAAGUCGAUACAAACGAGGCUCGUAUCAAGACUUGGAAACGUCUCGAAUACGGAGACAUAGCUGCCCGUAUACACGAACAGAUUAUCGUCGAUGGCGGUAAACCUCAACCUAUCACUCCCGUCUCAUGAGCUUACGACGCUCUACAUUUAUGGGGCAAAGUCCCCCUUCUGAACUUAUUGUAUUCGUGUUUUGGGAUGAUGAGCUGCCACGCGUCUAUAGAACGGUGUGGUCCUUUUUCGUUUACAAAAAAGACGGGUCGGUCAUUGGACAACAUCAAGGAGCAUGUUUGAACAUGGGGUUUCUUGUAUAACAAUUAAAAUAUCCCACUUCUCAUUGCAUACAGCAGCAAACAGAGUUAACGACGGCAUUAUAUAGUCUCGGGAUGGGGAACGGAGUUGAUUUGGUCGACUAAAUACUACGUAUGAGUCUUGAACUCAUUUUCAUGGUUUAUUCUAUACCAGCCUUUUACAGUAUUGUGAUCCAUGAUGAUUUCGGCUGGAGUGUAGCAAGCAACCCUAAGUAAUGGAGUUGAUAAUAACUUGUGAUGUCUUGAACAGUUCACAUCGGACAGAGUUGUGUAAAUAUAAUUCAAUUGUCAUCCACUAUAUACUUCUCUCC